UUUAAUCAUAUAGGACUGAAAGGUUAAGGUAAUAUUAUGAUGCCCUUUGUUGGGGAUGAUUAAUCUGUUUCCCAUGCACAUUUGGGACCGUUUGCAGAACUGUAAUUGCAUGUUCAAACCAGAGUUGAGGUAUUAAAAACAAUGUCUGUGUACCAAGGAGGCUGGCAGUUGAAUGUGUUAAUUUGGCUGGAUAUAACAACAGGGAAAAACAGGCAAUAUAUUAUCUGAUAAACCUGUAUGUAAUAAUACAUCAGUAAUUGUCAGCUUAGGUGUGCAUGAAAGCUGCAUAACCACAAGAUAAAUAAUUUGCAUUGUAGACCUGUUGAAGUUAUGUGGUCACCAUAUAUAUGGCUGCCUCUUGUUAUAGUGAGUCAAAGAACUAGACAGGCAGGGGCAUGUACAGAUGAAAUCAAAAGAGGCACACCAAAUGUCAUUGGAUAAAUUGAUGAUGUAGAGAGUUAUAGUUGGUCGCUGCCCAGGCAGGAAGUUUGUGACAUACUGUACAGCAGUCUGAGCAGUAGCUUUGACAGUUCAGAAAUCUUGUGAAGACACCCAGCUAUUGAUGUAAUAUAUAAUAUAUAUGCAGAUUUAUCCAGAUCAAGACUUGGAAGUAGAAAUAAUGAACAGUCUUGUCCGCUGUAAACAUUUCAAAGAAGGUUGCAAGUGGACAGAUAAAGCGGCACACUUACAGGCGCAUUUAGAUAUCUGCCGCUAUGAUGCUGUGCCGUGUCCCAACCAGUGUGCCGCCAUGUUGUCCAGAAUCUGUCUCCAGGACCAUCUAGAAUACACCUGUCACAAGAGAAGGGUCACCUGUGACUUCUGUGGCAUUGAAUUCUCCGGUGAACAGAUGGAUAACCAUGAUGGGGAAUGUGGCUAUGAGACAGUGUGGUGUGAGAAUAAAUGUGGUGCUAGGCUUCAGCGGAGAUUCCUCAAUAACCACAUGAAAAAUGAAUGCCACAAGAGGCUGGCCAUGUGUUUGUUCUGCCAUAAGGAGUUUGUGUUUGAGACAUUGCAGACCCAUCAGCAUACCUGUCCCCGUUUCCCUAUAUCAUGUCCCAACCGCUGUGACCCCACCAAGAUCCCCAGAGAGGAUAUCGAGAAGCAUGUCGCAGAGUCCUGCCCCUCAGCAUCUGUUCCUUGUGUCUUUAAAGAGGCUGGUUGCAAAUACAGGUGCCCCAGAUUCAGCCUAGACAAACACUUGGACGAGUUCACCAAAGCACACCUCAGUCUUAUGGGCAACCUUGUCUUGCGCCAGCAGCAGGAAAUAAAACAGCUCAGGGCAGACUUACAGGCUGCAGGAAGCAACACAAAUGGUGUUCUUUUGUGGAAGAUCCCAAACUUUAAGACCAAAUUGGCAGAAGCCAAGCAAAAGAGCAUGGAGUUGGUGAGCGUGCCUUUUCAUGCUGGUGACAAUGGAUAUAAACUGGCAGCCUCAGUUUUCAUCAAUGGCAAUGGAUCAGGAGAAGGAAAAUACCUCUCACUCUACAUCAAAAUCCUUCAGGGGGAGUAUGACAACUUGUUGGAAUGGCCCUUUCAGUUACCGAUCACCUUUACCAUCUUUGACCAGUGUUCCAUCUUGGAAAAGCGUGUGAACGUGAUUGAGAGUUUUCUGCCAGAUACCACUUGGAAACAUUUCCAGAAACCCUCAAAAGACCAGGAACCCAUGGGGUUUGGCUAUCCCAAGUUUGUGUCCCACGAAACUCUCUUUACUAGGAACUAUAUCAAGGAUGACACAGUAUUUAUCAAAGUGAAUGUAGACACUGCCACCUUGUUGGGUCCUUAGAUAAUAAGUACCUCACCUGUUCACAGAGGUUAUCACAUUGUUUCUAGUUGCCAAAAAAUUCAUAUAACAGACAAGGGGUAUUGAUAUGAGUAUAGCUAUAGGUUAUAGCUAGAUUACUCUUAGAGUGCAUUCCCAGAGAUUUAGAUCAAUCCAUCUAGAUAGACCUAACUCCCUGGGGGUUCAUGCUAAAUUGCU